AUAACAUAUAAAAAUAAGCUUCACAUUCAGUUGGUUUCGAGAAACUGCACGAAGCAAUUGAGUUGAAAGCAAAAGUGUUUUAUUGCGUAAUUUUUCAUUUUCAUUUAAAGUUUCUACAAAAUAAAGUGAAUCAUGAGGAGCAUUUUGAUUUUCAUUACAAUAAUUGGCUUAACGCUUGCCGAUGUAUCCCAUAUUGUUGACACAACACCCGAGUACAACAUUCCAAAUCCAUAUAGUUUCCAAUAUGAAGCGGGACGCUAUCCAGGACAUGUAGAUAGAACUCAUUCGGAAGUUGGAGACGGUACAGGUGUUGUACGUGGAGCAUUUUCGUAUGUUGAUCCACGUCAACAAGUUCGAACUGUUGAAUAUGUUGCUGAUGAGCAAGGAUUCCAUCCACAACUCUCACAUCCAGUUCAAGACACAAAAGCUGUUCAAUUAGCCACUCAACGUCAUUUUGCCUUAUACAAUAAGAUAGCUGCAAGAAAUUCCGAUCCAAAUUAUGUUGAAGAAAGAGGACAACCCAAGGAAACAGAAGCUGUUGCAUUCGCAAAGCAGAAGCAUUUAGACUUGUUUGAAAAGAUUGCUGCCGAACAUGCUAAGAUCGGUGAGGAACAAUUGGCACAACGAUUGGCAUUCGAGGCCACAUCAAUUCGUAAUGAGGAAGAGCAAUAUCAAUAAAUAAACGCACUGAAGGGAAACAACAAAAUAUAAAAUAAACUUUUAAUGAUGUUAUGAACAUUAUUUCUGUAUCUUUGCUCGCCUGCUGAUUCUGUUAUUUGUUCUAUGGAUGUAUAUUGAUUUCACACGAAGUGUAAUAAAAAUGAAAGUCCAUUUUGUACAUUUUUAAA